CCACCCCCCUCCCAGGGCCCCAUCCUGAUCAGUAACGUCACUGGAGGGGGCGGAGCCGAGCUGGGGCCCCGCCCGCUCCUGUCCGGACAAGGCCACGCCCCUUCCUCCUCAUCGGCCACGCCCCCUCCACCGAGAGCUCCGCCCCCCGCCCAGCCCAGCCCUCCCCUGAGGGAGGAGCACGUGACCUGCGUGCAGAGCAUCCUGGACGAGUUCCUGCAGGCCUACGGGAGCCUCAUCCCCGUCAGCGCCGACGAGGUGGUGGAGAAGCUCGAGGACAUUUUCCAGCAGGAGUUCAGCACCCCCCAGAGGAGGGGCUCGGUGCAGCAGCUGCUGCAGUCCUACCAGCGGCUCCCGGGGAACGCGCUGCUGCGCGGCUUCCGCGUCAGCUACAAGCGCCACGUGCUCACCAUGGACGACCUGCAGACCCUCUACGGCCCCAACUGGCUCAACGACCAGGUGAUGAACAUGUACGGGGACCUGGUCAUGGACGCCGUACCCGACAAGGUGCAUUUCUUCAACUCCUUCUUCUACGACAAACUGCGCACGCGCGGCUACGAGGGCGUGCAGCGCUGGACCAAGAACGUGGACAUCUUCGGCAAGGAGCUGCUGCUGAUCCCCAUCCACCUGGAGGUGCACUGGUCCCUGGUGGCCGUGGACGUGGCCCGCAGGACCAUCACCUACUUCGACUCCCAGCGCACCCUCAACCGCCGCUGCCCCAAGCACAUCUGCCGCUACCUGCAGGCCGAGGCCGACAAGAAGGAGCGGCCGGACUUCAGGGAGGGCUGGAGAGGAGCCUUCAAAAUGAACGUCGCCCGGCAGAACAACGACAGCGACUGCGGCGCCUUCGUGCUGCAGUACUGCAAGUUCCUGGCGCUGGGGCGCCCGUUCAGCUUCACGCAGCAGGACAUGCCCCACCUGCGCCGCCUGAUGUACAAGGAGCUCUGCCACUGCCAGCUCGCCCUCUGAGCCCCCAGAAUCCAAACCUGGCACCCCCAGACCUCCCAAAAACGGGAAAAAUUAAAAAAAACCCGAAAGAAACCCGAAAAUCCGGCCAGAAAUGGUCAAAAUGGGGAGAAAAACGGGAGUUUGGGGGGGAAAAGGGGAUUUUUGGGGGGGAAAUUGGGAGUUUUUCGGAGGGAAAUGGGAGGGUUUGGGGUGAUUGCAAAAUUUUGGGGCCCCCUGGAUCCCCAAAAAAUAGAAAAAUUAAAAAAAUAAUAAAAAAAUCUGAAAGUUCUGCGAAAAA